CAGGACUUCUCAAAUAACCCCUGAAAAACCAAAAAAGUAAACAAAAAUCAAAAAAUAUUCUGUCACUCAAAUAAUGAUAACAUUUGCAAUGAUCAAGCCUCAUGUAGUGAAGAAUCCAAUUGCAUUUAAUCAAAUAAUGCAAAUAAUUAAUGACAAUAAUUUUGAGAUUGUUAAAAGGACAAGAAUUAAAUUUAAUCUUGCAAAAGCCGAAUCCUUUUAUGAAGAACAUCAAGGAAAGUUUUAUUAUAAUCGUUUGGUCACUUUUAUGUGCAGUGGGCCAACCGAAGUGUUAAUUUUAAAACGAGACAACUCAGUCAAAUUAUGGCGAGAAUUGUUAGGUCCAACAAAAGUCUUCAAAACAAUUUACUCUCAUCCUGAAAGUAUAAGAGGCAUGUUUGGACUAACUGACACCAGAAAUGCAUGUCAUGGUUCAGACUCACAAGAAUCUGCUGCCAAAGAGAUACGAAAAUUUUUUCCAGAUUUUUACUCGGCAAACAUGUAUAAUAAAUUAAAGAGCCAUAAAUCUUUUAUGCUUCCUGAUUCGACUGAUAAGAAAAAAGAGGUGUUUAAAAUUUAUAAAGACCAGUCGUCUGAAAUGUACGACGUCGUAGUUUUUGGGAGUUGCAAUAUUGAUUUCAUCAGUUAUGUGGAUCGAAUGCCAAAGCCUGGAGAAACUAUUCAUUCCUUAUCUUAUGAAUCUGGUUUUGGAGGUAAAGGUGCAAAUCAAUGCAUUGCAGCAGCUCGCUUGGGAUGCAGGACGGCGAUGAUUGCUAAACUUGGGAAUGAUCCUUAUGGAGAAAAGUACAAAAAUAACUUAAAAAGUGAAGGUGUCAACAUUGAUUAUGUUGAGAAUAUUGGAGAACAUUCCGGAGUUGCACUUAUUGUUGUGUCGUCUGAUGGUGAAAAUCAAAUUGUAAUCAACAAUAAUGCAAAUCAAUUGUUAGGACCUGAAGAUUGUUUCAAGGCUAAACGUUUAUUGGAUCAAUCAAAAAUUCUCAUUUGCCAAUUAGAGACUCCUUUGCCUGGAACUGUCGCAGCUCUUAAAAUUUUCAAAGGUUUCUCGAUACUCAAUGCAGCGCCAGCUUUGAAGUUUCCAGAAGAAGUUUUCAAAUUGCCAGAUAUUUUCUGUGUCAAUGAAUUGGAAAGUGAAGAAUUGACAGGGAUUAAAAUCAAAAAUAUUUCUGAUGUCAAACCGUCGAUUGAUGAUCUAAGACAGAAAGGUUGCCGAAAAGUGAUAAUAACACUUGGAAAACUUGGAGCUGCUUUCAAUGAUGAUUCCGGCAAAACUUUUCACAUUCCACUUCCAAGUCAAGUCAAAGUCGUCGACACUGUUGGUGCUGGUGAUGCUUUCAUCGGUGCUUUGGGAUUCUUCAUUGCUAAAUAUCCAACAUCCACAUGGAUUCAAAAGAUUGGAGCUUCAAUUGAAAUCGCUUCACAUUCAGUUCAAUAUAAAGGAACACAAAAAAGUUUCAUAAACUUUCCCCCAAUUGAUCCAAUCACAAAGAAAUAUCUUCACAAUGAACUUUCCUAAAUUUUGUUUUUAUUUUCAUAUUCACAAACAUAAUCAGUAACGACUACAAAUGUAGAUAAUCGAUUUGUAAUGUGUUAACAGCCACACAAUAAUUCCUGUUAAAUUGAAUAAAACGAAAAUAUUACAAAAUGUCACAAAACUCAAAGUCACAUGAAGCAUGUGAAAAAUCAUGCAAUAAAUUAAAAUAAGGAAACCACUAAAGCUGUAAAUUGAUCCACGAACAUAGAACCAUUUUCUUGGAUGAAAACAAUUGCGAAUCAUAAUCUCUUGCAGAUGAAAAGAGUUUGCAUGACCCAAACUUAUAAGAAUAAGUCCAAAUACGAAUCCAUUAAUGGAAUAUCGUUGAUUUGUAAC